UUUCCUCAGGGUGGAGCUGUCUUAAUCCCAGGUUGACUUUCUCUAAUGUGGCUGUGUCUGUCUGUUCUUCUUCCUCAGAUGCAUAUUCCCAUUCCUCCAGUGAAAAUGGAGGCAAGUCGGAGUCCGUGGCCAACCUGCAGACUCAGUCCUCUCUGAACUCCAUCCACAGUUCCCCGGGUCCCAAGCGCUCCACCAAUACCCUUAAAAAGUGGCUGACAAGUCCUGUGCGUCGGCUUAAUAGUGGGAAAGCAGAUGGAAACAUCAAAAAGCAGAAGAAAGUACGCGACGGUCGGAAGAGCUUCGACCUGGGAUCUCCUAAGCCUGGGGAUGAGACGACACCACAGGGAGAUAGUGCUGAUGAGAAGAGCAAGAAAGGUUGGGGUGAAGAUGAGCCAGAUGAAGAGUCCCACACACCCCUCCCUCCACCCAUGAAGAUCUUUGACAACGACCCUACACAGGAUGAGAUGUCCUCCUCUUUGCUAGCAGCCCGGCAGGCUUCCACUGAAGUACCUACUGCUGCAGACCUUGUCAGUGCAAUAGAAAAGUUGGUCAAAAGCAAGCUGACGCUAGAAGGAGGUUCCUACAGGAGCAGCUUGAAAGACCCCACAGGCUGCCUGAAUGAGGGAAUGACUCCACCCACACCUCCUAGAAACCUAGAAGAUGAACAGAAAGCCAAGGCCCUGAGAGGCAGGAUGUUUGUCCUGAAUGAGCUGGUGCAAACAGAGAAAGACUACGUCAAGGACCUGGGGAUUGUGGUAGAGGGGUUCAUGAAGAGAAUAGAAGAGAAGGGGGUCCCUGAGGAUAUGCGAGGAAAGGAUAAAAUCGUGUUUGGAAAUAUUCACCAGAUUUAUGACUGGCAUAAAGACUUUUUCCUGGCUGAACUGGAAAAAUGUGUCCAAGAGCAAGACAGAUUGGCCCAGCUCUUUAUUAAACACGAGCGGAAACUGCACAUCUAUGUGUGGUACUGCCAGAACAAGCCACGUUCCGAGUACAUUGUGGCUGAGUAUGACACCUACUUUGAGGAGGUAAAACAGGAGAUAAAUCAAAGGCUGACACUUAGCGACUUUCUUAUCAAGCCCAUUCAGAGAAUAACAAAAUACCAGUUGCUCCUCAAGGACUUCCUGAGAUACAGUGAGAAGGCUGGUUUGGAAUGUUCAGAUAUCGAGAAAGCAGUGGAGCUAAUGUGCCUUGUUCCCAAACGCUGCAAUGAUAUGAUGAAUCUGGGGCGCUUGCAGGGCUUUGAGGGCACCCUGACUGCCCAGGGCAAGCUGCUGCAACAGGACACAUUCUACGUGAUUGAGCUGGAUGCUGGCAUGCAGUCCCGGACCAAAGAGAGGCGCGUGUUCCUCUUUGAGCAGAUCGUCAUCUUCAGUGAACUGCUCAGGAAGGGCUCCCUGACCCCCGGCUACAUGUUCAAAAGGAGUAUCAAGAUGAACUACUUGGUCCUAGAGGAAAAUGUGGACAAUGACCCCUGCAAAUUUUCACUCAUGAAUAGGGAGACUUCUGAGAGGGUCAUUCUGCAAGCUGCCAACUCAGACAUCCAGCAGGCAUGGGUACAGGACAUCAAUCAAGUCUUAGAAACACAGCGGGACUUCUUAAAUGCACUACAGUCACCAAUUGAGUAUCAACGGAAAGAAAGAAGCACAGCUGUGAUGCGGUCCCAGCCUUCUAGGGUUCCCCAAGCCAGCCCCAGGCCCUAUUCCUCUGUCCCUGUGGGCUCAGAGAAGCCCCCAAAGGGCUCCAGCUACAACCCGCCUCUGCCACCCCUGAAGAUAUCUACCUCCAAUGGCAGUCCAGGGUUUGACUACCACCAGCCUGUGGACAAGUUUGAGGCCAGCAAGCAGAAUGACCUGGGAGGCUGCAAUGGGACCUCAUCCAUGGCUGUGAUCAAAGAUUACUAUGCACUGAAGGAGAAUGAAAUUUGUGUGAGCCAAGGUGAGGUGGUCCAGGUCCUUGCCAUCAACCAGCAGAACAUGUGCCUGGUGUACCAGCCUGCCAGCGACCAUUCCCCCGCAGCUGAGGGCUGGGUCCCAGGCAGCAUCCUGGCACCCCUCAACAAAACCACAGCGGCAGCAGAAAAUAGUGACGGGAGCAUCAAGAAGUCAUGUUCAUGGCAUACUCUACGCAUGAGAAAGCGGGCAGAAGUGGAGAACACGGGUAAAAAUGAAGCCACAGGGUCUCGUAAACCCAAGGAUAUUCUGGGCAACAAAGUCUCUGUUAAAGAGACGAACAGUUCCGAGGAGUCAGAGUGUGAUGAUCUUGACCCUAAUACUAGCAUGGAGAUCUUAAAUCCAAAUUUCAUCCAAGAAGUGGCCCCAGAAUUCCUUGUGCCCUUAGUGGAUGUGACCUGCCUGCUUGGAGACACAGUGAUCCUGCAGUGCAAAGUGUGCGGGCGUCCAAAGCCCACCAUCACCUGGAAGGGUCCAGACCAGAAUAUCCUUGACACAGACAACAGCUCGGCCACAUACACAGUCUCCUCCUGUGAUUCUGGUGAAAUCACCUUGAAGAUCUGCAAUCUGAUGCCCCAGGACAGUGGGAUUUAUACCUGCAUAGCAACAAACGACCAUGGCACUGCGUCCACGUCUGCUACAGUUAAGGUGCAAGGCGUUCCGGCAGCUCCCAACCGCCCCAUUGCCCAGGAGAGGAGCUGCACGUCCGUCAUUCUCCGCUGGCUGCCCCCAGCCAGCACAGGAAACUGCACUAUUUCCGGUUACACCGUGGAGUACCGGAAGGAAGGUUCCCAGGUCUGGCAGCAGUCUGUAGCUUCGACCUUGGACACUUACCUCGUCAUAGAAGACCUCAGUCCUGGGUGUCCUUAUCAGUUCAGAGUCAGUGCCAGCAACCCCUGGGGAAUCAGCCUUCCAAGUGAACCCUCAGAGUUUGUGCGACUUCCAGAGUAUGAUGCAGCAGCAGAUGGGGCCACCAUUUCUUGGAAGGAAAAUUUUGAUUCUGCUUAUACUGAGCUGAAUGAGAUUGGCAGAGGCCGUUUCUCUAUUGUAAAGAAAUGCAUUCACAAAGCUACCCGUAAAGAUGUUGCUGUGAAAUUUGUGAGCAAAAAAAUGAAGAAGAAGGAGCAGGCUGCCCAUGAGGCUGCCUUGCUUCAGCACCUGCAGCACCCUCAGUACGUCACUCUACAUGACACUUAUGAGUCCCCCACAUCUUACAUCCUGAUUUUGGAACUGAUGGAUGAUGGCCGACUCUUAGACUACCUUAUGAAUCAUGAUGAGUUGAUGGAGGAAAAAGUAGCUUUCUACAUCCGAGACAUCAUGGAAGCACUGCAGUACCUUCACAACUGCAGGGUUGCACAUUUGGACAUAAAGCCUGAAAACCUGCUCAUCGAUCUCCGCAUUCCAGUUCCUCGAGUGAAGCUCAUCGACUUGGAAGACGCUGUCCAGAUCUCAGGCCACUUCCACAUCCACCACCUGCUGGGGAACCCUGAGUUUGCUGCCCCAGAAGUGAUCCAAGGCAUCCCUGUCUCCCUGGGCACAGAUAUAUGGAGCAUUGGGGUUCUGACAUAUGUCAUGCUCAGUGGGGUCUCCCCUUUCUUAGAUGAGAGCAAGGAGGAGACAUGUAUCAAUGUAUGCAGGGUCGAUUUCAGCUUCCCCCAUGAAUACUUCUGUGGUGUGAGCAAUGCCGCCAGGGAUUUCAUCAAUGUUAUCUUACAGGAAGACUUUCGGAGACGGCCCACAGCAGCCACUUGCCUGCAGCAUCCAUGGCUGCAGCCCCACAAUGGCAGCUACUCCAAGAUCCCCCUGGACACCUCCCGCUUGGCGUGCUUCAUAGAACGCCGCAAACACCAGAAUGAUGUGCGGCCCAUUCCCAAUGUCAAGAGUUACAUUGUCAACCGUGUGAACCAAGGGACAUAGCCAUCUCCCAGCCCUUGAGGUUUCACAUAGAAGUGCAGUGUGAACCAAAGCAAGACUGAAUGUGUCUGUAAAUAACUAUGUUCGUUCUUUCCCUCCAUGUGGUUCUCUGGAUUGAGAGGUGUCCUCUUAAACCUUGUCAGUGAUUAUUCAGGGUCUGAGCAGAGGUAAAAGUCACCCUAAAGCCAGGGGCUUUCCAGAAGGUCAUUCUGAAGAAACAGAUACAAAGUCACAGAAAGUAUUAAAAGAAAGGGCAAGGAUAACAAGAAUAUUAGCUGUAACAAAUUUUUAAUUAUACAUUCCAAAAUGAGUAGUUAAGUGGGCAGACAUACUGUACUAUGGGGAGCAAAAAACGUUUCUUCUUUGCUAAAAGUUUAAGCAAAAAGUUCUAUUUAACAGAGAUGUCAACUAUUCUGGUUUAGAAGACGUAGAUAUAGUUUCUUAAUAGGAUACAUAUACACAUACAGUAUAAUAGAGCCCAUUCAGGUUUCAGAGUUUUAUAAUAGAGUUAUAUAUGAAAUCAAUCCUAAGUAACUUUGAGUGCUCCAGUUAAGACAAUAAUUUAUUUACCGAAGCAUUACAUUGUUUUGACUAAGCACAAUUAGAUGACGAGUUUUAUAGCAUUUUAUAAAUCUUGUAUAGAAAUCUUUUACCAGAACCUGUGCAUUAAGAGAAAGCAAUGUUACCCUUUGCGAUCUGUGAAAAAGAUUUUUUUUUUAUUUUUGGUUUUUCUCUUUGUCAUGAGUUAUUUAAGAUAGGCUCUGUAUAUGAGACGCUGCUCCCUCUCUGGCAGUUCAGAUUUCAUCUGGCAGGAAAUCCUGCCAGGAAUUAAGUCCAAACCUAGUGAGAGUUGUGUGGUUAUUUUUAUGUCUACACCUCACUUGAAAUAGGUAAACAAAUAUCACUGAUUCAUCAAAAGGGCAAAUAGAAAUCUUUGCUACAGUUCCUACGAACAAUGUAUCCACACUUUCUGAUGUCUUCUACACUGUCAGAAAGUUGACUUGCUUUAUUUCUAACCCCUUAUCAAGUGAAGGGGUGCUUACCAAAAGGAGGCAGCCAUAUAAGCCUUUUAAAAGCCUGGUCCUAAGUCCUUUUUGAAGCCAUGGAGCAAAAGCCUGAACCAUCACCCUAUCAGAGCAUUGAAUUUUAGCUGAGCUCGCAAUACGUAUCACUCACUACUCAGCCGCCGCUACUUCUUUGGACUAAAAGGACUAACUGUGUUUGGAGGCCAAUGCUGCUUUCUGGUGUAUGUUCUAUAUACAAGAUUAUUUUUAACUGCCCUUUUCCCUCUGAUGGAAGAGAUUAAACCUGGGCUUUUCAUG